UACUAAUAAYGAGAGCCGACUAUUAAAAUAUUUUGAGGACCGAAAUGUCUUAGAUAUGAUAGACGAAGAUUUCGGUUACAAUACUCAGCGUAACUAUGGCUCAUCUGGUCGUAACGGCAGUUACAAUGAUCUGCUGGACUCGACCAACAAUACUACACUCGCCGGCUUCGGCCGAUCAAAUACGCCGACAUUUGAUACUAUGGACGACUCGAUGGUGUCGCUGAUUGGCUCAGAAACUCCUCCUCAACAACAACAGGAGGAGKACGGAGUGGUGAUGGACGGCCUAAACCGUCAGGCAUUAGACAAUAAUGCAGACAAUAAUAAUCAGAUGGUAUCACCGGCCAUACACUUGCCGACCAUCAGUGAUGAUGGUAUGGAUGAGAAGGACAAGGAGGUGGUUGUGGUGGAGAACAGUAAAGAUGAUAGUGUUGUCUCUAAUGACACAAAUGAUUGGUUGGAUAACUAUUUCAAUUCGGAAGAUAAUAUUAUUACCGAUUGCGGAGAUCUGAGUUUUAGUGGCCUAAACUUCGAUGAUAUCGGCGAAGACGACCUCAACAUCAAUAACAUGUCUACCGCCACCGCUGUCUUCGUCGCCGCCGAUCAACAGAUGAAGCCAACGAUGGAGCAACUGGUAGUGUCUCCUAAUACUAUGCCAGAGACACUGAUUGUUGGCCAGUCGGUGAAUAAGCCAAUGACUGAGCCGCAAUUGCCGCAGCCAAUUGUAGGUCGAGCCGAUUCUAGUUGCAUAGAAUCGGUUGUCGGCGAAUUGGUGGCACCAGUUGCCCGGCAAUUGCUGCCAACACUGCCACAAGAGGUGUCAUUAAACCUGACACCGGCAGCAUUGCCGGCAUCGCAAGUGGUGGACACGGCGGUGGUCAGCAACAGCAACUCCUUAUCUGUACAGCCAAACAACAAUAGCAACAAUACCAGCGCACAGUCCAAUGUUACAAAAGUAGUUAAAGUUUUAUGGGUUGAUCCCAUCAGACACUUAAUACGCGUACAAAUGUAUGACAUUCCUCAGCAUCAACUAAAAGGUAUGGACCCGUCCAAUGACAGUGUUUUGAAUUUGUUAUCUGUUAUGGGGGCACCAGUCGUUCAAUGCGAUCAUCCAAACAACAUACCGGACCAGCUGCAGCAGCAGCCAGUGAUGGCUGUACUACCGCCAGAACCUGUAGUCAACAAUGAGCCAGAAGUUUUGGACGAGGAGGAGGAUAUGGAUGUCGUUGAAGUGGUUGCCGCAGCAGCUGAUGAUGAUGAUGACAAUGAAGAUGAAGAUGAUGUGGUUGUAGUACCGCCGGCUCCUGCCGGCCGCAGACCGCGUGGCAGACCCCGAAAAUACAUGACUGAGGAGGAGUCCAAACGGGCCGAACGCGAGAAGAACAGAAUCGCUGCCAAUAAGUCAAGAGCCAAAAAACGAAAAGCCAGUGACGACCUCAUUGAUGAAGUCGACAAAUUGAUGGAAAACCGUAAACAAUUGAAUCAAGUGUUUGAAUCAAUUGUAUUGGAAAUCAAUGGCUUAAAAGAAGAAUUGCAGACAAGAUAUGGUAUCGUUGCUAAUGAUUCGGACACCCGGAGAAUGGGACAGCCGUUUACUACACUACCGCCAACACUGCCAACACCACUACCAGUGGGUGCCUUAAAACAGGAGGUGCCCUAAACACACACACACACACACAUACACAUACAUACAAUACACACAAACAUAACAUUCCUAUCCCACCGUAACCAAACCAAC